CAAUCUCACCCAAAAGGGUGUACUACUCUCGAAUCUCUGGCCCAUUGAUGCUUCAAUUGACUUUAAAGUUUUGUUUUUUAAUUUGUUUGACUGCUUCCUUGUGAAAUCUUGUCUUGUAAUGUACUAAUUACCCUUUUCCUUUUCUCAUUAAUUGAAUAUGGAAUUUUUAUAGCAGUAAAAAAAAGCUAGAUCUGAAAAUGGGGUUUUUCCAUUUUAUUCAAGUUGUGGUUGGUCAAACCACCUUCAGGAAGAAGAUGUCUCAGCUUCUCUAAUUUGAAGUUUGAACACUUCUUUUUUUUUUUUCCUCAUCUAUUCUGAAGUUGUAGAUUGUUUCUUCUUUUACCCAGAUCGGAUUUUGAGAUUGAUUGAGUAUCUCAACUGUUAAUUGAAGCAACUCUGUUGGUUUUUGUGUUUAUUUUUGGAGCUAUUGAGUUUUCAUCAAUGGUGGCUAGUUUCGAGAUUAACUGAGUUGAGGCAUUACGAAUUUGGUAGAGGGAUUUCUUCAUCUGUUUGAUUUUCAAGCCAAUAAGGGUUUUUUUUUCCUUUCUUUCUAGGAACUGGAUGCUGAAAUCUCUUUGAUUUGAAUAGUUCAGGAUAGUCAAAGUCUGUUCUUUGAACUGAUGGUGGAGGAAGAGAAGCUUAAAAUUUCUGUUGAAGAUUUGGAAGAAGAUGAACCACAGAAAGAGUCUAAUGUCUCUAUUGGGACAGCUUUUUAUUGGUUCAAAUUACUGGUUACUGAAAUGCAUUGGAGUUUUGUGUUUGGAGUAGUGAUUGUUUAUGGAAUUAGUCAAGGAUUGGGUGGAGCACUUAACCGUGUCUCCACCAAAUACUAUAUGAAAGAUGUUCAGAAAGUACAGCCAUCUGAAGCACAGGUUUAUUCAGGCAUUACCUAUAUUCCAUGGAUGGUUAAGCCUAUCUGGGGUCUUUUCACUGAUUUAGUCCCCAUUCUUGGAUACCAUAGACGGCCUUAUUUUGUUUUUGCAGGUUUUCUUGGUGUGAUCUCUUUGCUUUCGUUAGCCCUACACGAGAAGCUGCAUCUUGUGCUCGCGAUUUUGUUGUUAACAGCGGGAAGUGCCAGUGUAGCCAUAGCAGAUGUAACCAUAGAUGCAUGUGUAGCACAGAACAGUAACAUUCAUCCUACCCUUGCAGCUGAUUUGCAAAGUUUGUGUGCCUUGAGUUCUUCAGUCGGAGCAUUACUCGGAUUCUCGAUUAGUGGUGUCCUUGUUCAUCUGAUAGGCUCUAUGGGAGUAUAUGGUUUGUUAGUAAUACCUGGAGGGCUUGUAUUUUUGGUUGGAAUUCUACUUAAUGAACCCCAUAUGCCAGACUUCAAUUACAGACAGGUAAACGAAAAGUUUGUCGGUGCUGGGAAGGCUAUGUGGUCAACGUUAAAGAUUCCGAAUGUGUGGAGGCCGUGCCUAUAUAUGUAUUUAUCUCUUGCAUUGUGCCUUGACAUCAAUGAGGGACUGUUUUAUUGGUACACAGACUCAAAAAAUGGUCCAAAGUUCUCUCAGGAAAAUGUUGGUUUCAUUUUCUCAAUUGGUUCAGUUGGGUCUCUCUUAGGAGCUUUACUGUAUCAGUAUGUUCUCAAGGAUCAUCAGUUCCGCGACUUGCUUUUCUGGACUCAAUUGAUUUUCAGUUUAUCUGGGAUGCUUGAUUUCUUGCUUGUUUUGCGUUUGAACUUGAAAUUUGGAAUACCAGAUUACUUCUUCAUUGUUAUAGAUGAGAGUGUACAUCAGCUUGUUAACAGGCUAAAAUGGAUGCCUCUUCUAGUCCUCAGCUCCAAGCUUUGCCCAAGAGGCAUUGAAGGAACUUUCUUUGCUCUACUUAUGUCGAUUGACAACGUUGGACUUCUCUCAGCAUCAUGGGGAGGCGGUUUCCUGCUCCAUAUCCUUCAAGUUACACGAACGAAGUUCGGUAAUUUAUGGCUAGCCAUUUUGAUUAGGAACUUAUUGCGACUUUCCCCUCUCUGUAUGCUGUUUUUGGUGCCUAGAGGUGAUCCAAAUUCUUCAAUUCUUCCAACCGAGCUGCCAAGUUCUGAAGUCGAUAACGAUACUUCUGAAGAAGCCGACAACAUUGAACUGGUUUCCCUUGUUAAUGGGAUGAACAUAGAUAGCCAGAAAGAAGCGUUCUGAUACUGAGGCUAAAAUGGGAUGAAGCUAUUUGUAGAUAUGAUCUAAAAGCAAGCAACCAAAAAAGCAGAAGGUAGAUUUGAAGUUAUGAAUAUCUAUUUAUCUGCUGAAUGCCCCUUUCAUUUUCCACUUCUGUUGCAUCAAAAUUUUGUAUUACAUUUCUAAUUACAGGAUGUGUUAAUGCUUCACAUGUAAGAUUCAAAGAUAAGAAAGGACUCAAAUUCUUGAAUUAUUUUCUUACAUAACAAUGAUAUAUCAACUUAUUCUUCUUCCCCAGUUUGGUUCA